AUGAGCUGUCACACUAGAAAAAGGCCUACAAAGGAAAGUGAGUCACCGAAUGAGUGUUUGGUGACAAGGUCAUGCUUUGUUAAUCUACUUUCGUAUAAUAGUGUUUUUAUAACCAUGGAAGAAGACAUCCUCCCGCCUUUAACACCUCUUGACCAGUAUCAAGAAACUGAGGGAAAAUUAGCAGCGUCCAUUCGAUGGCUCAUCCUACGUGUGUAUGAACAGGAAAAGGACGUGCCCGACAAGCUCCGUCAUGGCGCAUUUCGGGAUGAACGAGGUCAUCUUCAGCUAGAUGUUGCCAUACUUACUGGUCUUACAAAUGGAUCACUGUACUCUCAAGCAGCUGCUAAGAUAUUUAAGGAGCCUCAGCUAGUCACGCAGUCUCAUGGGGCUGUACUAGCUGCUUUGGUUGACUAUGGCAUUGAUGUGGUACAGAGUUCAGAUGGGGGACCAGUCACGGAAAAUCUGCUCUUUGCUGCAGACAACUUCAAUAUUACGGCUCAUUUGGCAAUGAUGGAUGCGCUCAUGCAAGCUCACCUUCGGAAUGUUAUCACUGUUAAUCGAGUUAUAGAUGCCGUGAGUCGGCAUACCACUGUUGAUGAAAGCGAGAGACCAAUGGAUUCGGUUGACGCGCUGCUAUUUUGGAUAAACAAAGUUUGCCUUCUUGUCAGGGAUGAUGUAGAAAGAUCACAGAUUCAGUUGAAAGGUGGCAACGACGGUGGAAUGAUUCCGGAGAUGGAGGACUUGUAUGACGAAAUUAGUGAUGGACAGUGUCUCUGUACUCUAGUUGCAUGGUACAGGCCCAGAGAAAUGGAGAUUGAAGAUAUCUGUUACAAUGACCAAAUGAGUACGGCGCACUGCCAUUACAAUUUGCUUCUUUUGCAACGAUUCUGCCAUAAUUGUCUGCCAUGGAAUCCGUUUCAUUUCGAUAUCGAGGAUAUCCUUUAUCUCCACGACUCAUUACAAAUGAAUAUAAACGUGUUUCUGGCCGAUUUAUUCGAAAUAUUUGAACCUGCCCCAACUGCAAACUCGGCUGCUCGUAGUGCUCAUCCACCAAGAGUUAGGAACCCAUUCAAUAGCAUCCAUGUCACUUCUACUCCAGGUGGCGCCAUGCCAUCGCGCUCAGUCAGCAUGAUGAGCCAGGAUAGCUUACUGACUAAUCGGUCUCAUGAUUCAUGGCAAACUAACCAGCGGAAGCCAGAAAACUGGAGCGCCAAUGUGACAAAUUUCGGACGUUUAGUACAGCCUGAUGGUGGCAGCAAUGGUAAUCAAUCGCCAGCUGGAUGCUCACCUUAUGCCAGAAGCGAUUCGCUACCUGCGGCUUCCAUAAGGCUAGCUCUAGAAGAGAAACGACGGGAUCAUGAGAAAAGAAAGGCUUUGAUUAGCACUAUGACUGAAUCAGAGCGCAUGGAAAAGGGUAAAGCUGCCUUCUUUGCUGUUAUGAGUAGAUUUGAUGCCGCUAAUACCAUGCCAUCCGAAUCAACGGAAUCACCCAAUGCGAAGAUGAUUCGCGAGUUGGAUCGGAAGUUGACCGACUUAGCUCAGCAGGUGUCGUUCAUGAACUUAAGUCCCGAUCAACAACGUAUGAGUCGUGCACUCUCGCAGCCAAGUGUUUACCAAGAUGCGCCGCAAAUGGCUCCUGCUUCAGCAAGAGCUGGGUAUGGUACACUGCCGCAUAAUGUCAACGCCCAGGCUGUUCCCAAUUAUGCACAACCAUAUUCACAGCAACAGGACUUUUACAACUAUGCGCAGCCCCAGGGACAUUACGCGCAACCACAGCAGCCACCUCCUGGGUAUGCUCCUGAUCCGUACUCGUCUCAUCCCGGUUCGUACAUGCAACAACAAUCACAGCAGCUGAAUUAUCCUAUGAUGCAUCAGUCAGCCCAUGCCGCCACCGGCUUCUCACUUCAUCAACCUUCAACGCAACCGCCUCAACCUAAUCAGCUGAUGUCAACAGCUGGAAUGAUGAGUGCACAGCAGCAGCAGCAGCAGCAGCAGCUCUAUCAGCAACAGUAUGCGCCUUACCAAGGCACACCACAGCUGGAAAAUCAACCUCCAUUGGAAUAUGAAUCUCAUGAGGGUGCGUCUACGUUCCGACUGCACAGCCAGGAUGCAUCGUCUAGCCGCAUCGAUCCACCACUAGAGAUCAACCGUAAUUUGACAAAUUGGGGCAUGACAUAUCAGAAGGGUCACACGGGUCGUCCGCAAAGAAGGACAUGGGAGAAUCAGACAUUCAUAAAAAGUGAGCAGGAUCUAGUCAACCAGCCAGAACUUGUGCCGACAAUUCCAAGUGAAGAUGACCAAGUACAAAGGCAGUCGCCUUGCCCAGUCGGAGCAGGACCAAGACGGGUGAACUUUCCAUCACCGCCUCGUGAUCCAUCGAACAAUACUAACGGCGCGGCAACUGCUCCUCCGGGACCGGCAUUUGUGAUAAGUGCUUACUCUCCGUUUUACACUUUGCAGGCCGAACAACGUCGUCAAGCAAAACGGGCAGCACUUCUGGCAAAAACGAUGAAGCGCAAGGAGGAAAUUGAAAGCAAAGUCGAUCAAAUAGAGCAAAGAAAUGCCGAGAAGAGACUUGCUGAAAUAGCUAAACGUGAGAUGGCAGAGCAGCGAAAACUGGAGAAAGAGUUGCAGCGACAGAAGAUCUUGGACGACUACAAACGGCGGAAGAUGGAGAAAGAGAUGGGCGUUGAAUCCGGAUCUAAUUCGGCUCGAAGGCACGAGGGCAAUCCACGGUUGAGCAACGUAUCUCGGUUUCAAGCUUGCAGGAGCCAAGUAGGUCUCAUAAGCUGUUUGCCAAAGCUACACCGAAAUCGAAUCGUGGUCUGAUAAUCAAUGCUCUGCAGUAUAGCGUGUUCCCAGGAGCUGUCAACGACCAAACGAGAAUGAAGACAAUGAAUGAUCUGGCUGCUUCGGAUGCCAAACACUUCCUCAUUCUUUUCCGCGAUUACAAAUGCCAAUACCGUGGCCUCUACAGUUGGGAUCAGGUUUCCGACACCGCUAUCAAAAUUUCUGGUCAAGGGCCUUCGAAAUGCUCCGAAAGCAUUAUGAAGCUGAUGUUCAAAUACGAUUCGGGUGCGAAGAAUUUCUCACAGAUUCCUACAAAACAUCUCGGUGCAACUAUUGAUGGUUUCUCAAUCCAAGAUCAGUUUUGGCAAAAGCCGAAAAUUCCUUAUAGCAGUGCAGCAUCUCAUCGAAAUAACUGAUGGGAAAAUUAGGAAGGCCUCGAUGUAAUUUUUAUUCGCUAUGAGCGCCUUAUUUAUGGUGACGUCGUCCGGUCAAAGUGUUGCCAUUCUAUGUUGUUCUGUUCACAGUAGGCAAUCGUUCAUAAUAUAUUUCGGUAAUCUGACGCUAAGUUAGCUGUAACUACGCUCAAAUUGUUAUGCAUCAAUGCCUUUCGUUCCUCUGCGUUGUACUGAACCAGCCAUGCCUGUACCAGACUUCUUUUGAGUUUGUGAAUUUGUGCGUUGUUGUUUUUCGAAUCUCUUGAUUGAAUAUCGGUUAAGUUCGACUUAAAGGUUUGUUGAAACUUGGUGUUUCUUAUUGAGAGGUUUUGUUGCGCCGUUGUUCGCUAUCGCUGUUUCGCUUGUCUUCCAGGAAUUCGCAAUAUAGGCAUUCAUCAGCUUAUGUUGAUACCCGGUUCUUUUGUCUUCCCUGAUUUUCACUUCUAUAUGUCAUUUUUUUUGUAAGGCUUAGAGUAAAGAGAUCUUGACUUGCAUGCUCCUCCACUUUCGUCCGCACGACUGCGUUAACUUUUAUUAGAAUCUGUUGUCGUCGCUGCUGUAGUAAAUAUGACAUAGUUAGCUUGGUCAACACUGGAAGGGAAGCUACGACAGUUCAUGCUGAAAUCACCAUUCCCGUCCUAUGAUUGCACUCGUACAGCGCACGUGAAAACGUUUUUGUUUGUUUUUGGGUUAUUUAGAGGGUGAUACACGUUUGCUACUUACUAUUGUUUGAUCGUUACAAUAACACCGUUCAAUUUUUGGUGCUUGUACCUUACAGAUAGAUGCCUAAUCUUCUCUCUUUUUUGGCAAGCUUGUAGUGCCUAGCUUGUUAACUAUUGCAUAAUUUCUUGCGGCCCUAGUGUUAACAAUACCUUCUGCCAUUUUUGUCGUGAUAUUGUUUUUGCAAAUAAAUUCGGU